UGUGCUGCGGGCAUUGUCUGCUAUAUCUUGUUGCUUUUGACCCCUCUCUCUUCCGGGGCUGGGUUUAUCUAUAAGAAUCUGGAGGUUCACCUUGCCGGAUUCCGUGCUUCUUUCUACACGAUCAAAAAGCACUUUGAUUCUUAUGAUUAUUAUAAUUCUCGAACCCUAAUAGGUAUUUGGACUUACUCGCUGUACCUGUUUAACGCCGUGCUCGGCAAACCAUUUUCCUCUCCCAACCGCCGCCUCUUGCUCCUGUUCCUGCACGGAACUGUCUGACCGUGUUUCAUCUUCUGCCACCUUUGGCGCUUGUUCCAAUCAGGUGCUUGCUGGGCCGCGAUCGCUACUAAGUGCUGGAUAUUUUUGUCUACAUACCCAGUGAAGAUCAUGUCGCGCUGUCCAAGGAACCCUCAGUCGAGAGAAGAAUUGCAGGGCUACUAUGAGUCCAUCGGCCCUAGCUGGACGGGUGUCGAAACACCUGCAUUCCAAGCCUCUUUCAUGGGGGUAGCACCAUCUCCUUAUUGCACAGAGCCUAUAGUCCCGCAUCCUGCCAUCCUCACGCCCAUCUCCCUUCCAGAUAGUUCAUUCCGUCCGAGCCCAGCACUCAGUCACCACUCCCAGGAGUAUCCGGCUCAAGAAUAUAGUUACAACAUAAACCCCGUCCAACCACAGGGUCUGGGUAUUACUGCACCAUUUUCCAAUGAUUAUCCACGGACAUCAGCCCCAGUCGCUAGCUAUGCCUACGCUCCAAAUGACCCGCCCUAUGCUAUGGGCUAUACUCCCAACAUGUCGCCCGCAGCUCCGGCACCUAAGCGGAUGACGCGAACUUCUUCGGAUAUGAGAACUCCAUCCCGCGACACCCGGACUCCUCUCAGCAUUAUGCCCGAUCCAGAAGGUGUCGAACGUCUGGAGCGCGAGCGUAGCCAAAGUACGCCAGCUUCAGCACCAAUAAUGCCGCCAAAGCCUCGUGCGCCAGGCCGUGGUCGCCGAGAUCCCAAAGCGGAAGAAGAAGAUGCUUUCGUUGAAGACUUGCGCGAGCAGAAUAUGGCAUGGAAGAGAGUGCGUGAAAUGUUCUGUGAGCGGUUCAACAAGGAUGUCACCGAGGCUCGACUGCAAAUGCGGUUGACUCGUCGGCGCAAGGAACGAGUUGCGCGCUGGGAAGAGCAUGAUGUUCAACUGCUCCUCUCCGCUUCCGAUAUGUGGGAGAUCGAGAGGUACCAGUUCGUCGCUAAGAAGAUGAAAGAAUUGGGCUCCACCAAAGAAUACACGCCCGAACAAUGCAGAGCGCAACUACGAUACCUUGAAACCAUAAAACGUCAAGCACACUCCUGCAGCACAUCCCCUUCGCCAAUAUAUGAUGCAGCAGAAUCACCGACUAAUCCCCCUCCAACGUCACGAAAGCGAGCCCGUCAAGCACUGGAAGAUUGAAUUCAAAAGCAAGUGGAGAGUUUCUACUGUAACUUUUGCAUCUACACUUCUUUUUGGCGGGCGCUUUCCAUGGCAAAUACUUGCAUUUGCACAGAUUUUAUUACUUAUGAAUAGCACUGGC